AUCGACCUUUUGCUUCAAUAUGUGACUCCCGGCCUGCUAACUGCCUGAGCAGUCUGACUGGUGCCAUUUACGAGCAACAGCACAUUUUCCUAGUCUCGACUCUUUGAGCGCCGUAGAAGCUUCAUCCGUCCCUGAGCGGCCCGAGCACGGCAGUUUGACCAACGAUACCCCGCGACGCACACAUAAUAAUCAGGCACGAUGGCGUCUGAAGAGAGAAUUCGAGAUCGGGUCAGCCGAAAGUUGACAAAGAAACGGAGGGAGACUCGGCGGGUGUCGCUAGACAUUCCAGAGCGCUUCAAAGACGGCGAAGAUGCCCAGGAGGAUGUUACAGCACCAAAGAGGAAGGAUGUCAUGUCCAUGAAUCAAUCGAUAUUCUCUAUGAUUGCCAGGGCAGGACAGCAAUCCCAGACCGACCUUGCGACUAUGCAAGAGGUGGACUCGGGGGAUAGCGACGAUGAGGGCAAACGGGCUGUACACUACUAUAGUUUGGAUGGAGCUGCGCGUUUGAGUCGUUUGAGCACUGCCAACGACUUCCACUCUCCUCCAGAAGAUGACGAAGAGGCCAAGGCCCGCGAGAGCAAGCACCGGAGAGUUCUGUCGGAGAACAAGCUUCUCCGCUCACUCCCCAAGCUCAAAACAUCGGGCAGAAAGGAAAGCAUACGGGACACUGCAGUCGCGGAUCGCAUGUCCUCGUCUCAGAUUUUGCCUCCUCGUCGCUUGGAUGAUGAGUCUGCUAGCAUCUCGAAGGACGAGCAAACUCCGCAGUACAAGUCUAAAGUCACCACUGGUCAGGAAAUACAUGUCGAGAAACGGCGUCUUUCUAUUUCUCGCAGGAGUAGACAUGGUAGCAUCGCGGGCAUCUCGAAAGGCAAAGCACCUGUUACACUUGCGAAGCGGCUUCAGCAAAUAUUCGAGUUCGAUAGCUUGGAAGAAGUAAUUUCCGAGUAUCCAUGUUGGCUGUUGCAGAGCAUACUUCUUCAAGGUUACAUGUACAUCACCCAAAGGCACGUCUGCUUUUAUGCGUAUAUACCGAAGAAACACCACGAUGUCAGCAAGACUGGGUAUCUCUUCAAACGCGGUCGAUCGAAGUACAACAGAUACUGGUUCAUUCUGCGGGGGGACGUACUUGCAUACUACACAAAUCCUGCAGAUUUGUAUUUUCCACGCAAUCGGGUCAAUUUGCAGUAUGCAAUAUCUGCAGAGACACUAGAAACUAAGGAUAAGAGCAAAGAUGAGACUAUUUUCGUGGUCACCACCGAUGAAAGGACUUACCAAUUCAAAGCGGAUAGCGUUGCGAGUGCGAAGGAGUGGGUUCGUUCCAUCCAAAAGGUUAUUUUUCGAACACACAACGAGGGAAACAGCGUCAAGAUAUCGUUACCUAUUCAGAAUGUGCUCGAGAUUGAAGAAAGCACCAUUCUCGACUUUGCCGAUACUGUCAAGGUUCGAGUGAUCGAUAACGACGAAACGUUUGCUAUUGACGAAUACUUCUUUUCCUUUUUUACGAAUGGACAAGACGCGCUCAACGUGCUACGCAUCAUGAUCAACGAUAAUGAGCAUCAUCAUGAAACUCCCAGCCAGGCCGGGCUGGAUGCGAAGUUCCCUGUAAGAGUGAGCAUCUCCGGGCAGCGUGAUAAUCUCGUGUCUCAAGACAGUCUUGUGGAUACACCUCAGAUCAAGGAAAAUGUCCGUGCCACAUUGUCCCCACUACCAGCGCCGCACGUAGGGCGCUCAACUUCCCGAGUGAGCGGAGAGUCUGGACGGUCAAGUGUUGAUGUGAAACGAAGAAGCCAUGAUGUACGGCGUAGCAUGGACUUAUCUCGUAGUCUUCGUCGGCCUAGUCAAGAGGUUCGGCGCAGCUUCAGUGGCAGUCAUCGUGACGCACCUUCCAAAAGUCGGCCUGGUGAUCGAUCGCCAUUGUCUGCAAAACCUCAAGAUUCAUCAGAGUCGGCCACGAACUCGUUUGACCCUGGCACCGAAUCGUCUGCUGCUGUACAAUCGAUAGACGAGAGCAAUGCUUCUGCAAGCCAGAUACUGGGUCGUUCCGACGUCUUCCGAGCACCAGUCGUUCACCCGCCGGGAGUCUCUGCAUCAGAUAACUCUGAUAGCGCCGCGAGACACUCACAGGAUACUACCCGCUCCUCUGGGGCUGGUGCUGGGAAAGCCCACCUGAAGUCGCCACGACUUUCACAUCGCAAACAAGGCGGUAGCUCGGGUAAUGGUCAUUCACCUCUAGGCACGCCCGAUGUGGAAGAUGAAUCAGAGACCCAACAAAUGAACGCUCGUUUAUCGGGCUCCUCUUCCGCGCUCCAAGACCUUGCCUCCUAUCCUCUUCAAAAAGCGUCAGGACUUGCUGGCUUCCUCAGAACGCGAUCAAAGCGAAUGGGCAAUCUGCUUGCAACAGAGUCUAUGGGAUACUACGAAAAAGUAUCUGGCAUGUUAGCAGGCGGUAGAAAGCAUUACAACACCGCCGACGGCUUGGAACCUGAUGAUCGGGUCCACGGGCUAGAAGAGGAUGAAGACGCGGUAAAGGCAGCAGAACACUUCCGGGAACAUUUUGCAUUCCCAGAAACUGAACAGUUGCAAUCAUCAUUCUUUGCCUCUCUGCAACGAGUACUCCCUAACUACGGCAAGAUCUAUAUCAGCGCCCGAUAUUUCUGUUUCCGGAGCCUGAUGCCCACUUCAAAAACUAAGAUCAUCCUCCCGAUGCGCGACAUCGAGAAUGUCAAUAAGGAGAAUGGGUUUCGGAUGGGAUACCACGGACUGGCAGUGGUCAUACGAGGUCAUGAAGAGCUCUUUUUUGAAUUUUCCAAGGCCGAGUACCGCGACGAUUGUGCCAUCACCAUCCUUCGCAUCCUCGAGAGUACUAAAUAUAUCGAGGACGAUAAAUCGUCUUCAUCUGGCAUGGAUAGCGACGAUGAAGCAGCAAAGGUAGAGCACGACCUCUUACAAGAGGCGCGCCAGGGGCUUGAGACUACCCUACCGGCUUCUUCUGUUGACAUGUCGCAGAUUAUGCGCGGCGCUGACCAUGAUCGGAUACCGUUAAUCUUUGAUGACCCUCUUGCGUCCAUUGUGGACUUCAAACCCCCCGAGUCGUUGACUAUUGUGUGUCUCACAAUCGGAUCCAGAGGUGAUGUUCAGCCAUACAUUGCGCUUUGCAAAGAGCUACUGAAAGAAGGCCACAAACCACGAAUAGCAACCCAUGCCGAGUUCGAACCUUGGGUACGAAAUCACGGUAUUGACUUUGCUCCUGUUGAGGGAAAUCCCGCGGAGUUGAUGAGAAUCUGCGUUGAACAUGGCAUGUUCACUUUCAACUUCCUGAAGGAGGCUAACUCGAAGUUCCGAGGAUGGCUUGAUGACGUCUGUAGUUCUGCAUGGAAGGCCUGUCAGGGUGCCGAUGUGCUUAUCGAGAGUCCAAGUGCGAUGGCCGGUAUCCAUAUUGCCGAAGCUCUCGAGAUCCCCUAUUUCCGUGCCUUCACAAUGCCAUGGACCCGUACGCGAACGUAUCCACAUGCGUUUUCGGUUCUGGAGAAGAAGAUGGGUGGUGCCUAUAAUAGUUUCACUUAUGUCACCUUUGAUACGAUAUUCUGGACUGCCAUUUCCGGUCAGAUCAAUAGGUGGCGGCGUCGAGAACUGGGCCUUCAAAACACCAAUCCGACCAAAAUGCAGGCAAAUCUGCGACCGUUUAUGUACAAUUUCAGCCCUUCCGUUGUCCCACCACCGCUUGACUGGCCCGAUUGGAUUCGCGUCACGGGUUACUGGUUCCUCGACGAGGCCGCGUCUUAUGAGCCUCCUGCUGACCUUCUCGCAUUUAUUCAGAGAGCACGAGACGACGGGAAGAAGCUUGUCUAUGUCGGCUUUGGCUCUAUCGUUAUUGAUGAUCCUGCUGCCCUUACGAAGACUGUCGUGGACUCUGUGCUGAAGGCAGACGUUCGUUGCGUGCUUUCCAAAGGGUGGUCGGACAGGCUAGAGACAAAGGAUGCCUCGAAGCCGGAGAUGCCUCUUCCUCCAGACAUCUUCCAAAUACAGGCUGCCCCUCAUGACUGGUUAUUCAAGCAGAUGGACGCAGCUGUCCACCAUGGUGGAUCCGGCACUACCGGAGCGAGUCUCCGGGCAGGAAUUCCAACAGUUAUCAAGCCAUUCUUUGGGGACCAGUUCUUCUUUGCGCAGCGCGUGGAGGAUCUGGGUGUUGGCCAAUGGCUUAGAAAGGUCAAUACUUCGGCGCUUAGCCGAGCUAUGUGGGAGAUGACUACCAGUCAGCGAUAUAUAAUCAAGGCAAGAUAUCUCGGGAAGAAGAUCCGUCAGGACAAUGGGCCCCAAACGGCUAUUCAGACCAUCUACCGAGAGCUUGAUCGGGCGAAGUCACUGAUCAAGAAGCACGCGAGACGGGGAGACGGCACAGACGAGUUUGAUGAAGACUGGACUCUCAUUGACAACUACGAUGAAGUUGACAUACCCCAGUCUUUCGAGAUAGAGAAGGCCCUUGCGGGGAUACAUCGAGCGUCGAUCGAUACGUCUCGAGUAGGGAGCGAGCCGUCGGCGUUAGGGAGCAUGGUGUUAAAGGGCGCAAGCGCGUCAAAGCGCAACUCGGAGUCGGCAUAUAGAGAGGAAUAGGGAGACUGGGAGAUUGUUUUCUUGUUGAUACAUUUCCAGGUUUGGUGACACUCUGAUAGGGCUAGAUAGACAUGACGGCACGACAUCUGGAGCGAUCUGCAUAAUAUACCUCUGGGCGCUGGCGUAGAUAAUGGGCGGUAUAGAUUGUAUUUGAAGUUCGGAGCAGGUCUGGGGACUAGUGUUAUCCAAACCAGUGCAGAAGGGCAGAAAGGGUCUCUACUUGGCUACCUGCGUGAAGUCGAAUUAAGUCAGGAUUCCAUUGUUGUUGUUGGCAGCCUCUAGC